AUGCCGAAUUUCUGAGCGAAUAUUUUUUGGCAAGAUUGUGGUCAAAACACAAUAAGAUGGUAUUAAGAAUAUCUAUUAUAAUAAUUCUUUUAUUUCUACUCAAUGAUCAUGUAAAAUCGGAAUCAGAAGAGAAGCAAGAUCCCUACAAAGUGCUUGGUGUUUCUCGCUCAGCAUCGCAGGAGACGAUCAAAAAAGCUUACAAAAAGCUAGCCAGAAAUUGUUUCUUCUUUGAUGGACCCACACAUCACACAAGAUCUAACUUUAUAACAAGUCAGACAUAUGAAUCUCAUGUAAUACCUACAAGCCAUGAAAAACCAUUCAUCAUAGAGGUUGUGUCAAACUGGUGCCUUCCAUGUAAGUCCAUGUAUAUUUCCUCCAAAGGUUCUCCAUCGUUACUCUACCAUCUUGUAGCAUUCACAAAUCAAGAAAGACUUUCCUUUGGGUUUAUAAGUACAGCUACUUCAGAUGGCGAAAUUUUGAGAAGAAAGUUCAAAGCUCAGGCCAAUGUUCCAACAGUGAUGAUUUUCAAAGAAGAAAAGUCGGUGCCUGAAGUUGUUGUGAUGGGAUCUGAGUUGAAGAGUGGAAAACUACGCGAGGUGGUUGAAGCGAACAGAUUCCUCAUCCUUCCUCGGCUCUCCAGCCAAAAGGUGUUUAACGAGCUCUGUCCUGAGGAGAGAUUUAGAUCACAGCGAAAACUUUGUGUGGUGCUAUUUACAAAGAAAGGUGAACACGAGCAAGAGAAAGCUAAACUAAGACUAUUAGCUCAACAAGACAUCUUCCCCUCCGAGCGCGUCCAUUUUACGUAUAUUUACGAAGAUAUUCAAACCCGUGUAGCGACGGCCAUCAGACAGGGUUUGCCAACAACAACUAACAACAAUGUCACAGUAUUGAAG